AGGAUUUUUGAUCAACAGAGUAGCAGCAGUUUAUAUGAUAAUGAUUGUAUGUGUGUGUAGAGUCGGUAUACAGUUUUAUAACGUUCAUAAUAGAAAUAGCAUGUAGAACAAACAUGCUUCUGACAUGGAGAAUAAGGAAUCAAGUCAGCUCUAUUCAUGGAAUUUCUAUCUGCAACGUUCGAGAAUGUUUGACAACUGAACGUGGCCAAAAUUUGCCCUGCUUUGAGUCCAGUAGACAAGAACGACAUUUCCCACGAAACACUGGUCUCUAUUUCGACACUAUAAACUGUGGCGAAGGCGGAAUUGACAUUGCAUCUUGUGGAACAGCGACAAAGGUUCUGUUAGCCCUGGUGGUGGGAGGAGUGAUCUACUUCCUGGUGCAGAGGAGUAAGAGACAUCAGCUGAAGAGUGAGGAUGGCUGGUGGGGGGAGGGGACUCCCAUGGAUGGGGAGGAAGAUCUCAGCAUUCGCCCCUACACAGUCCGAACGGAUGACGAGGAGUUGGAGGACCUGUACAGGAGAAUAGACCAGACCCGAUCCUUCCCCUCUCUAGAGGACAGCCAGUUCAACUACGGCUUCAACUCCCACUAUCUGCAGAAGGUGGUCACCUACUGGAGACGUGACUUUGACUGGAGGAGACAAGUGGAAAAACUGAACAAAUUCCCACAUUACAAAACCAACAUUGAAGGCAUUGACGUCCACUACGUCCAUGUGCGGCCCAAGAACCUCCCUGAGGGCGUGACUGCUGUGCCUCUGCUCAUGGUGCACGGCUGGCCAGGCUCUUUCUACGAGUUCUACAGGAUGAUACCCCUCCUGACUGAACCCUCCAACCCAGACGACAUCGUGUUUGAGGUGGUGUGUCCUUCCAUCCCUGGGUACGGCUUCUCUGAGGCUCCACAUAAGAAAGGCUUUGACUCGGUGUGUGCGGCCCGUGUGUUCCACAAGCUGAUGAAGAGACUGGGCUUCCAACAGUUCUAUGCUCAUGGAGGAGACUGGGGAUGGAUCGUCACCACCAACAUGGCCCAGCUGGAGCCUAAAAUAAUCAAAGGCUUACAUCUCAACUUUGCUCCCCCCUCCAAGCCGGGCCUGCCCGUGGUUCUGUCUAUAAUGCUGGGCCGCAGUUUCCCCAAGCUGUUUGGCUUCAACGAACACGACAUUCAGCGCAUCUACCCUGUUGUGCAGAACCUAGUGGUGGAGUCUGUCAAGGAGUCAGGAUACAUGCACAUCCAGGCCACCAAGCCUGACACUGUGGGUCGAGGGUUGAAUGAUUCUCCGGUGGGUCUUGCUGCCUAUAUCUUGGAGAAGUUCUCCACCUGGACUGACCAUGACUUCAGGAACCUGGAUGACGGAGGACUUACGAGGAAGUUCAGUCUGGAUGACCUGCUGACCAACGUGAUGAUCUACUGGACAUCUGGCUGCAUCAUCUCCUCCAUGCGCUUCUACAAGGAGAACUUCAGCAAGGGUCUUGACCAGCCACACUCAACGUCAGUGGAAUGUUGCUAUGUAAUAUCUAUGUAUGUGCUAUGUAAUGGUCUUAACUAGCACGAGGAGCUCCCCCUUCAGAACAUAAAUAUCUUUGUCCGGGAUGCCAGUGCAUGUGCCCACCGGUUUUGCCUGCUUCCCCAACGAGCUGAUGCACACCCCCAAGCUGUGGGUGCAGCAGAAGUACCGCGAGCUGAAGACCUUCACGCCCAUGGCCCGAGGAGGACACUUCGCCGCCAUGGAGGAGCCAGAACUCAUGGCCCAGGACAUCCAGAACUUCACCAAGAUGCAGGAGAAGAUGAAGUGAUCGCUCUGCACAUCUGCCUUUCCUGUUUACCAAACGGCACCAGAUGCUAGGUCAGCGAGCACUGGUAUUCAGAUAGCACUGACAUGUGAAGUUACUUCCUGAUAAGCCCAUAGAGAGAGAAACCUCUGCCAUAGCUGCCUUUUUACACACAUCUGGAAAUAAUACUAGCCAUGUCACAGAUCUGUUUGCUGUUUUGGCAUGACAACGACCAUAUGACAGUCCCUCCAGGAUUCUGCGAUCGCAACUCGAUACUAUGCGAGGGCUUGCAAAUUUGACCAAUCACCGCACUAUUUCUGCUUAAAACAGUAAAAUCAUCGCAAUAUUAUUGCAUAAAACUGACCCAUCACCGCAGUACAAAAAUAGGGCUUGCAAUUUCAACCAUUCACCGCACUUUUGCCGCAUUUUAUGGUUCAAUCAAGCCACACGUCAACAAACUUUUCCCUUGGUCAGCGCAUUUCCGUGACAAAUUGGACAAAAUCAUUGCAUAUUGCCAUGCAAAAUCAAGCAUUUUUGCCUGCAAAUAUCACAAAGAAUCCCCAUGAAAUCCUGGAGGAAUGAUAUGUGACAAGACUGCACAAACAGAUCUGUGACUAAACUAAUAUAAUACAGUAAAGCCUCCCAAUGACUACUACCAAUGAGAUGGGGAAGAAAAGUGUUCAACUUACUCUCUAGUUAGGAAAUGAUCCAUGGACCAAUUGAUGAGUGAAUAGAAGACAGUUUCAUUCAGGUUGUUCCUGAAUCAUUGUUAAGGAGGAGAGCACAGAUAGUUAUCUGUUUAGAUUACUGGCAUAGUCUAGCUCUGAGUGGUUAUCAAAUGAUGCAUGAAAUAUCAGCUGAUAUGCUUUUUCUUUUUUGAAAUAGUUUCCAGAGACUGAAAUGUGUAUUUUAUUCUGAUCACCUGUUCUGUUAGUUAUUUACAAUGUUAUAGCAUUCCAUAAAUAGCACUUUGCAUUUAUUUCAGAAACUAAUCUCCUGAUCUAUAUAUAUUUUUGGGACAAAUUAUAUUAAUAAACAUUUAAAUUAAA